GUGCUGCACCGCUUCGGCAUCUGCAUCUGCAUCUGCAUUUGCGUCUGCAUUUGCGUCUGCGUCUGCGUCCGUCCCCAGAGCCGGCAACACUACACAACACCACCACCGACGCAGUGCCCAGGCCCAUCUCGCAGCAGCGCUUCGUGGCCACCUGCCCUCUGCCGAUCACUGCCGAUCGAUCCUGCUUGCUCUCGCCGCGGCCCUGGCUUCACCUUGGCCCUCGAUAGCGCCUGCUCGCCCCCAGCGCUUUCCCCGAUGGACGGUGCCGCUUUAGAGCUCCGAGCCGAGAUUCUCUUUCUGAUAGGCACAUAUCUCAGCUCGGGGCCGCUCCAGGCGACCUUUCGGUCCUUUGUCGACGAGGUUGACCGGCUGCAGACCCCGGACUCUCCUCUGCUCCCGACCCGGACAGACUGGACCGGCGAGCACCAUCUGCAGACCUUUGACGAGUUGCGCGAGAAAUAUGCACAUCUCGGCAGCAUCCAUCUCGAGGCCCUGCUCGCCAAGUUCCUCGAUAACAAUGCGGCAAUCCCGUCUCGCUCGCUGCUCGGCGUUGGAUCGCAUGUUUUUGCCAGCUCGAAACCGAGCGUUGCGUCGAGGGAUGGUGCCCUGACACGAUCCUCCAACGUGCUGCGCUGGGUCAACUGUCGCCAACACCGUCCGUCGAUCAGCACGGGCUCGUGUCCGAUCCAUGUCCAUCGUCUGCAUCGGCUCCGUUCGAUUUGCGGCCACACGGGGGCUAUAUUCUGCCUCGCCUUUGACCAAACUGGAACCCGGUUCGUGACGGGCGGCGAUGAUAACUUGGUCAAGAUCUGGUGCUCCAAAUCAGGCUGGCUGAUCCGCUCGCUCCGGGGCCAUCUUCCCAUCGGCUUUACCAUCACAGCAACUAAUCCCAACGAACCUAGUGUCGAGAUCGGUGUCAUCAUCGACGUAGCCAUCAGCAACGACAACAAGCUACUAUUAUCGGCUGGAUCCGAUAAGUACAUUCGCAUCUGGGAUUUCUACACUUUCCAGCCCAUGGGCUGCUUCAAGGUUGAAAAGGGCAUCACAACCAUAGCAAUAUCACCAAGCCCAGUUCGGUCCAACUAUUGCAUCGCCGCCACUUGUGAGGACGGCAAGUCGCGGGUCUGGCGCUGGGAUGCCGCACGCAAGUCAUUCGUCACAAAGCCCGAGGUCCUUGACUGCGGCUCGACUCUUCGAGAUGUCGUCAAAGCAUCGGCCUUCAACGCCACUGGAACGCUCUUCGUGACUGGCGGGGAUGACGGUUUCAUCUACUCGUUUGCGCUCACCCCACCCGAGUGGCAUUCAGCUUUGUCAGAUGCCCGGACUGAAAUGACGCCCAAGCUUAUCAGCCAGCUGGAUGAUCACCAAGGAAAAAUCACCGACCUGCGGUCCAGUCCAGACGGCAGAUAUUUUCUGUCGACAAGCCGAGACGGGACGUUGCGCAAGUGGAGCUUUGACCCCUCGCGCAAGACAUGGAAGAAUCUCUGCUUCAGCGUAAAGGACUUUCGGAUCGAUCUGAGCCGAUUGCCGGGCCACAACCCAAACUUCCGGACCCCUUCGUCCGCCGACGACGAUCCAGAGCCUAUGCAUUCGCCAACCAUCGACACAUGUGUUUGGACGGCCGAUAACAGACUCAUCGCCGCUUCGGUCACCAAGGGUGUUAUCCUGAUAUGGGACUCCGUUACGGCCCGGCAAAUUCGGUGCCUCUAUGGCCACUCGGACCAGGUGUAUGCCCUCGAAGCCCAUCCGCGGCACCCUGACUUGCUUCUGAGCGGAGGAUACGACGGUCGCGUCAUUCUUUGGGAUAUCCGAACCGGCAGCGCAAUCAGUGUGUUUGAAGAGAAGCACAAGAUCCUGGCGGCGCAGUUCUCACCCGAUGGAACCAAGAUCAUAGCCAGCGACGACAACGGCGUGGUAUAUAUCUAUGGGGCCAGCACCGACUCCAAGGCCAUGUCCAAUGCCCCGUUCUACCAGUUUUUCUCGAAUGAAUCGAACGGCGUCACGAUCGACGAGAGCGGCACCAUCAUGGAUGUCGAAAACCUUCGCCCCGCACACCAUUUCGAUGAAAAUGUGGUGGUCAGCAGUGACAUGAUGGUCCCCUAUCCUCAGUACGAGCGGUAUCGCAUGCUACUGCAACAGCGGUCCCGCUAUGCCGACGACGAGCUGAUGGAGUCGCACCGACAGGAGCUCUUGCUGCUACUACAGCAGGAGCAGGCCCUGUGGGUCCAAGCAGACGUGGCUGCGUCGCCCAUCCCAACGGUUGUCAACAAAAAGAAGCGAUACAAGCACAGAAAGAUAUUCGACUCGGACGACGACGUUGAUGUUCUCAACGAAGUCAUCACGCCCUGGGGUCGGGCGCACUCGAGCGGUGACGAGUACAGCAUGCAGGAGGACGAGGUCGAGGAAGAAAGCGACGAUGACGAGAUCGCCGUUGAGGAGCGCGCCCAAGUGUCAUCGGAUGACAUGCAGUCAUUUGUCGUCAGCGAUGACGAUGUGGAGGGCGAGGCGCCACCUCCAAGGCCAGUCACCACCAAGCGACAGCGCAAGCGUAAGUACCGCCAAAGAGCAAAGUCAAGCGCAUCCGGGGAGAGCGAUUUCAGCAUGACCGAGGAUCGGCACGUCGGGGGUUCGUCCCAAGACAGUGGAAGACAUCGCAAGAAGCGUCAGGCGGUCAAGCGACGUGAAAAGAAGGUCAUUCGCGACGAUACCUCGGAGGAGGAUGAGGAGGAGGAAGAAGAUUUGCAGUCAAGUCUGCAAUCGGCCGACGAGGUAGAGACCAAGCCUGAUCCUGGCGAAUGGGAUGGUACCUUUACCGAUGCAAACGAUGCUCCAGCCAAACCCAAGGGCCGACUGAAGCGUCGGCCGCGCAAGCGGCGCAAGGAUCACAGCGCCAGUUACAACGAGGAUCUAAGCGACGACCUGUUUGAAUCAUCGGACGACGACCCCGGAGCGGGCCCAUCAAAGCUCCCUUCCACUGUGGCGCCAUCAUGGCCGUUGUCGUCAGCCGCAGCGUCGUCAGCAGGAGCAGCGAUUGAAUCUCAAGCCGAUUUGACGGAAGAAUCAAAGGUGAUCGUCGCCAAGAGCUCGUCAAACAGCCCGUCGCCAUGGGUCUCAACGACCGAGCGCACGUUCACGUAUCUUCCGCAGAUGGGUGAUCUGGUCGUUUAUUUCAAGGAGGGGCACAAGGCCUUCCUGGACUCGCUUCAGGAGAGCUAUCCCGAAUCGCAUAUCAAGCGAUACCGAUCAUGCUAUCGAAAGGAUGGCGACGAUGUCAUAUUCGGCCGCAUCUGUGCUUUGCGCUUCGUCAAGGACGGCCAGAUCACCUCAUGCGAUUUGAACCUCCAGGUCCAUCGCCUGGAGACCGGCUCUGAUGCAGGUCCUUCCGGACCACACCGCGGUGCUCCCAGGCUCGUGCCUGCAUCCGCAAAGCCCUUCAAGAUCAAAUAUUUCGAGUACGAUACGCCAAGUUUUCUGAUUCUCUACGAAGAGUUCGCCUUUGCCAUGAGCCGGCCGCCGUUCACGGUCCGGACCACCGUCUAUGCUACCUAUCCCGACCGCGACUACGAGGGCACUGUCACCAAGAUUGCAUCUCGACCAAGCCCCUGGCAAAAGUACAGCGUCAAGUACAGCGACUCGGACUCAGCUGCGGCCUCCUCCGCCGCCGGAAACGUCGAGGAGCUGAGCCCGUGGGAGCUAAGACGGCCGGGCGAAAGCCGCUACGAGAUUCAGGAGUGUCUUCCGGUCCAAUGCGUCUCGCAACUGGCUCAAGCUGUGGACGAGUUCAUGCAGGAAGACCGAAUCGAGCCCUUUGCGCAGCGAGUUGACUAUGACGCCUAUCCCAACUACCUGCAGGAGAUUCCCUAUCCCGUCUAUCUCGAAAUGGUGCACGAGCGGCUCUGCAAUAACUACUAUCGUCGGAUAGAGGCUUUGGAGUGGGAUUUGAAUGUGAUGCUUGCCAACGCGCUCCAUUUCAACUUGCCUGGGAGCGACAUCUACAAUGACGCCAAGGAGCUUAUUCCCUUUAUGAUUGAUAAGCUGCGAGAAGUUUAUGACGUCGCCACCGAUGGCGGCCAAGGGCUCGCUCAGCUGUCGCCGGAUUCGACAGUUGACGACGGAAGGCAUUUGAAGAUCGUGCACAAGCCACCGGCGCGCACAAGUGGUUCCUCGAGCUCUGGCUCGAUGUCAGUGCCUCCACGCUCCUUGUCGAAGACGUCAUUGCGACAGUCCACUCGCAGCAAGACUUUUGACGACGACGAAUACGAAAACCCAGGCUCGGAGAGUUCCGACGGAGACGAAGAUGGGGCAGGCAACGACAACUACGACGAUGACGAUGGCGAUAAUGGGAUAGAUGAUGGCAGCGACUUGGAUGCGGAGGGCAUCACCGAUGAGGAGCUUUACUGAGGCCCGGGGUGGGUGGAUGCUGGUACCGUCGAUAUCUGCGCCUCCCGAAAUUGCCAUCACUGCCGGCCUAUUCGUGAAUGUAUGACGACCUGGAUGCCCAAGGAGCAGUUUUGUAGUCGCUCCUCCCCCCCCCCUCGUUGGAAUGGAUAUGCCCGUUCAUCAGUCUGUUGCUCGGUGAGCUUGUUUCCUAGCCCUUUAACCUCAGGAAAGCUCUGGAUACGGCAGGCUGGUGGACAGCACAAAUCGUGUCCUGUAGGAUCUGGCUUGUGGCGCACUCCAUCGGUUCCUGAAGCACUGUUGGGCCAUGAAUCAACCCGACUCAUGAAUGUCCGAGUGGAUAGCCCUGCCGCCUCGUGUAUGUCCUCGGGCUGCUGUUGAAGACAAUAAUAAACGGCCCA